AGAGCGGGUAGGCAAACCUGCCCGCACCUGUGUCUUUUAUACAACACCCGGUACGUCGCUUGCAGAACUGGAAGAAAGGGACUCCAGGAGACGAGAGGCUGCGGCGGCAGAGGGCCUCGAGAACGGGUGGCGUGAGAGCAAGUUGAACGAGCAUGCCGUCUUUUUCCAGAAGGGUGCUCAGCCUGAGAAAAUGCAUUAUUGAAAGGAAAACGUUAUUCGCACCACAGGAUUCCAUGAUGUAAACAAACAAACAUUCCUUACCUGUCUAUGGCUGCUAUUUGAGUUGAAAGCUGUCAGAGUCAGAUUUUACCUCUUUCUUUAGUCUCGUGAAACUGUUUAAUUUUUAAAAUGAGUGACCAGCUGAAGUUCAUUGUCGAACGUCUAAACGACAAACCAUUUAACAAGAAUUUCAACUUAAUAUCGUUUGAUUCAUCAAGUCCUGACCAGCUUUUACAAGUUCUUAGUGAUGUGCUCGCUGAAAUGGAUCCUGCACACAACAUCGAUAUUCGGACUGAGGAACCAGAGGCAACAACACUACGUAUUCUGAAUGCAUUGCGCAUUUUAAAGUACAAACCACCACCUGAAAUUACAUUGAAAACUUUUGGUCAAGGCAUCGUUCAAGGGGACAAAUUAAUCCUACAUCCAGUGCUAGAGUGGCUGCUUCAAAAUAUGGAUGAUCUACAAAAAAGGGCAUAUCUUGCAAAAUUUCUGGUCAAAUUGGAAGUGCCACCUGAUAUCCUAGGAGAUGCAGACAUAGCUGCUAUGUUUGAACAGUAUGAGAAUUUAAUUGAGGAGUUCAAACUCAUCCAUAAAGAAACUGAAACAGUAAAGAAUAGUGGUUAUUCUAUUGGAGAGCUGAAAAGUGACAUGGAAGCCAUGGAGAAAGAGCGAGAUAUUGUUUUGAACCGCAUCCAGCAAGUUCAGCGCAAGGUAGAAGGAUCUCCUUCAUAUGAAGCUAUGUUAAAUGCUGCUCAUGAACUGAGGAUUCAACGAGAACGCGAGAAAGAGCUUAUAAAUCAGCGACAGGAUGAAGAAUCUGCAUUAUCUCAUCGAGACCAAAGAUUACAACGCCUUCAACAACAGCUGAAGGAUUUACGCCAUGCAAGUGUUGGAGCAACACCUCAAGGGCUUUUGCAAAGAUUAGAAGAAGAGGCUAGUGUUAAUAGCUACAUAGCUAAACAAAAGCUGCCCAGAGAAAUUGAAGCUAGAGAACAGGAAGUAGCUAUUAUGAGCGCUGUCAUUGCUGAGCCAGCAAUGGGACGCAGUGACCUGGAUGCUCUUAACUCAAAGUUGCAAGCAGUGAACUCAGAAAUAAGUCAACUUGUUCAGAGACACUUAGCCACUAAAAACCCUGCUGAGGAUAAAUUGGCACCUUUUAGGCAACAAGCAGCUAUAAUUGCCCGCAAAAAAGAUUCUACUGCCGAGCAGCUUGCUGAAAUGCGUUCUCGAGUCGCAGCUCUUGAAGAAGAACUUCAGGAAAAGCAGAGUCAGCUUCAGGCUGUUGCUGGUGAUUCUGUAUUGCGUGGGGAAGAAUUUAAACGCUACGUCAGUAAAUUAAGAGGUCGCAGUUCUUUAUAUAAGAGGCACAGAAGUCAGCUCUCUGCUCUAAAGGCAGAGUCAGGGGUAUUGUCUUGGACAGUGCAGACCUUGAAAACUCGUACUGAAAAAACAAUGGCAGGCAUGGAGAGAGUUGCUGCCAAACAUGGAAUGUCUGGCAUACUGGAAUCAGAAUCUCGUUUAGAUGAGAUGGCUCUUCAAAAGAGUGAACUGGAUAUGGUAAAAGGCCAGAGUCUUGACCAAAUUUCAAGUCUAGUUUUGGAACUGAGGGAACAAAUAGCAAGUCGCAAAGCUCAACUUGCUCCAGUUAUUAAAGAAUUGAGACCUUUGCGCGAAAAAUCCCAGGAGCUGACUUCUGAAUAUAAUCAAGCAAAGCAGAAGUAUGACUCAGCUUCUGCUGGAUUUGACAGCAGUAUAGCUAAGCUUGAGCAAGAAACAAACGCUUUGCAAGAGGAGCGUGAUGCAUGGGAGUCUGAACAACAUAUGCUGGAGGCAAAGUGUGUCAUAAUGGAGACAGAUCUUGAACGAGUGGCUGAGGAAAUUCGUCUCUACAAGGGAGGUGACAAUGCUGAGAAAGGAAAAAAGUCGGUCAGGGAACUUCUUGGGGCAGCCAUCUCUGAACGUGAGAAACAAAGCAGAACCCUGAAAGAGGAACAGAAGGCAGUUCAGGAAGUACAAAUUAACAACCAGCUUCAAAAACAGUUAUGGAGUCAAAUACAGGAAUUGAUGGAAGCAAAACUUCAGUGCUACAAAACAGCCAAAGAGAUGUCAGGAAUAGUGACCAUUGAAAGAGGAUCUGAAACCUUAGUGCUGCAGUAAUUUCUCUUGUUCAGGUUCUUAUUAUUUAUUUUUCUGUUUUUAAUCAUUCUAGUCAUAUGAUAACUUUGGUUGUUCACCUCGUGUUGUUGUUAUAAGCAUAGUGCUUGUCCGUCCACAUUGUUUGUCAAGUCAGUUCGAUUCCCCCGUCACGAAAGUUAGAAGUAUGUUAGCCUCACUGUGCCUAUUUUGAGUGUAAAAUGAUGUGCACUAUAAAACUUUUUUAAUAUU